CGAUGCACUUAAGUACGUUUGUCCGCCGCGCUUCGAGACGCACGUCAACGUCCGCGCUACACACGUUUCCGUACAACAGCCGCGCGACGUCCGCGCAGUAGUAUAACAGUAGCGUCGUCGUUGUGCGCGCCGCCGCGGUUACCCGACCGUUUGUACCGCGCGAACUUUUGCCGUCCGCCGUCUCGCUGUGCGUUCAAAAUUUGGUUUCCUUUUUUUUUUUUUUUUUUCGUAAAUGUGUACAGUUUGAGUGUUCGCCGUCUCGUGUGUAUAAGUGUCCCCGCGAAUCGUCAAUCACUCGCAUCGGUUGGUUUCCAGUUCCGCGUGUCUCCGUCCCGCUGCAGUAGUUGGCGGACGACUAAUAAACGCACUCCGUAAUAUCGCUAUUCUCCUCGCUCAGAGUGCCGAAGGGAGGUUUGGACAUUAUGUAAAGGCAAAUCGCUGCAGAAAAACACGUACAUUAGGUCAGUGUGGACAAUGUGUAUCGACGGACACGCCAGGGAUUCGUUAACUGCUACUUUUCCACCGACAACAAUCCAAAAUUCAGGACCCAUAUCUGCAAGUAAUGGCACUACUGUGACCACACGUAGCGGAUAUGAUAUUCGCCUUAAUUGCCGCCGGAUCAGCUUUAAAGGCUGGCCUGACUAUUGUUGGGACCAGCGUAUGGAUGAUACCGGUGUUGAUAGCCGCUAUGGCCUAUUACCGGUAUGACAUUUAUGAUCCCGAGUCACGACCAUUCAACCAGAAAACACUGAGACUGGAAUACGACUUUAUCGUGAUUGGCGGUGGAUCAGCAGGAGCUGUCGUCGCCAGUAGGCUAUCGGAGAUCGGACACUGGAGUGUAUUGCUAUUAGAAGCCGGUCCGGAUGAAAACGAAUUGUCCGAUGUCCCCUCAUUAGCGGCCUACCUUCAAUUAUCUCGUCUAGACUGGCAGUAUAAAACCGAACCGACGGGGAAGGCAUGUUUGGGCUUAAAAAAUGGUCGAUGCAACUGGCCCCGUGGUAAGGUAUUGGGUGGGUCGAGCGUGCUGAAUUAUAUGUUAUAUGUCAGAGGCAACCGGUAUGAUUACGAUGGAUGGCGCGACUUGGGCAACGAAGGUUGGGGCUACAGUGAAAUAUUGCAAUACUUCACUAAAUCGGAAGAUAACCGUAAUCCAUACUUGGCCAGGCCCGGAUCCCCGUAUCACCGAGCCGGUGGUUUACUGACUGUGCAAGAGGCCCCGUGGAAAAGUCCAUUAGUGUUAUCGUUUGUUGAAGCCGGCCAGGAAGUGACGGGUUACCCGAACAGAGACAUCAACGGCAAAUAUCAAACCGGGUUUAUGGUCGCACAGGGAACGAUCCGGAGAGGUACGCGGUGCAGCACUGCCAAGGCUUUUCUCAGGCCGGCUAGGCUCAGGCCCAAUUUGCACGUGGCCAUGCAAGCUCACGUGACUAAGAUUAUCAUCAACCCGGCCACCAAUCGCGCGACAGGCGUACAACUGUUGCGAGACGGCCGGGUGCAUCUGGUGCACGCGAAACGGGAAGUGAUCCUGUCGGCGGGCAGCAUCGGCAGCGCGCAAUUGCUGAUGCUUUCCGGUAUCGGACCACGUGAACAUUUGCAACGACUGGGCAUUCCGGUGCUGCAGGACCUGCGCGUUGGCGACAACUUACAGGAUCACGUAGGAAUGUUCGGAUUGACGUUCAUCGUGGACAAGCCCGUGGCCAUAGUACAAAAUCGACUGAGGCCAGUUCCUGUUACUAUGGAAUAUUUAACUCGAGAAAAUGGGCCGAUGACUACGCUCGGUGGUGUUGAAGGACUCGGAUUCAUUCCUACUAUUUAUGCCAACAACACAGAAUACCCAGACAUUCAAUUCCACAUGGCGCCAGCUAGUAUAGCUUCAGACGACGGCAUUAAAGUACGGAAAAUCCUGGGCGUUCAAGAUUCCAUAUACGACAAAGUUUUUCGUCCAAUAGCCAAAAACGAUGCGUGGACCAUUAUGCCCCUUUUGCUCAGACCAAGAUCUCGAGGAAGUAUUAGACUCAGAUCUAGAGACCCGAUGGCUUAUCCGUACAUAGACGCCAAUUACUUCGACGACCCUCUAGACAUAGCAACUCUGGUGGAGGGCGUCAAGUUGGCAGUAAAAAUUGGCCAGGGGAAAGCUUUCAGACAGUACCGUUCACGACUCCAUCGGGUGCCCAUACCAGGAUGUGCGCGGUUCGAGUUCGGCUCCGAUCAAUACUGGGAAUGUUCCAUCCGCCACUUCAGCAUGACCAUUUACCAUCCAGUGGGCACUUGUAAGAUGGGACCGCCCAGUGACCCGACCGCCGUGGUGGACCCAAGACUUCGAGUGUAUGGCGUGCAAGGUUUACGGGUGGUCGACGCGUCGAUAAUGCCUACGAUCGUCAGCGGUAAUACGAACGCGCCGACAAUAAUGAUCGCCGAAAAAGCAUCUGACAUGAUCAAACAGGAUUGGCUCUCCAAUAACAUACGUUACCACGGUUGAAGAGACGCAGCUGAUAAGGACUGAGUGUUUUACUUCGACAACACCAUGCCACUACGUAUUAUUUUACUUGUGCCAUUUCACAUUUUUUUUUUUUGCUAUACUUACCAUGUACAAAAUAUUGCUACAAUAUUAAACUGUACUAAAAUUUUGUUACCAUUUUUACUGUACAUAAAUAUUAAAAUGUUAAGUUUUUGUAUUGGA